CCAACAACUACUUGAAUUUCUCAACUUCUUCCCGAAGUUCAGACUAGUCUAUAGAACAUCUUAAAACCUACAAAAAAAAGAGAGAGAGAGAGAGAAUUAACCGUGAAUAGAGAGAGAGGAAGAAAGAAUGAGAAUUUAGGGUUUCUCGAAACAUGGGGUUUCCUAAAUUCCAUCAAUACUACGAAAUUUUGAAUCUUUAGUUUCUCUUUCUCUCUCCCCCAUUAAAAUUUCAUGGCUGGUAUUGCUAGUUCUGAUCCUCUAGUUCCUCCUACUCCAAUCACUGAAAAUGAUGAAAUUGACCUUGAAGCUGGACCCAGUGAACAAAUUCAGUGCAGAAUUUGUCUUGAAACUGAUGGAAGGGAUUUUAUUGCUCCUUGCAAGUGUAAGGGAACCUCCAAGUUUGUUCACCGUGAAUGCUUGGAUCACUGGCGGGCUGUUAAGGAGGGAUUUGCAUUUGCUCACUGCACAACCUGCAAGGCACCUUACUAUUUGAGAGUACAUGUUGCUGCAGAUAGGAAAUGGCGAACCUUGAAAUUCCGUUUCUUUGUAACAAGAGAUAUAAUGUUUAUCUUUAUUGCUGUUCAGCUUGUAAUUUCUUCAUUGGGAUAUUUGAUGUACUUAGUUGACGACUACCAGUCGUUCGGGCUUCGUUUAGCCUGGGGCUUUGAAAAUAUAAUUAGUUUCUACUACAUAUCUGGGGCCCUUAUAUUUUUUGCUUUGCUUGGGUUAUCUGGGUGCUUCAUAACUUGUUAUGAUAGAAGAGUGCGCAGUGAUCUAGCUCAGCCAUGUCGAGAAUUGUGUCUUUGCUGCUGCCAGCCUGGAAUGUGUGCGGACUGCCAUUUACCUGGAACUCUUUGCAUGUGGACUGACUGCACAACAUGCUUUGAAGGUUGUGCCAGCACCGCAGGCGAGUGUGGUUGCUUGGCAGGUGCUGGGGAAGCAGGAUUACCAUUAUUAUUUAUAAUGGGUUUGAUUGUUUUAGGGCUAUUUACGGUGAUUGGUAUUUUCUACAGUGUACUUGUGGCUACUAUGGUGGGACAACGGAUUUGGCAACGGCACUAUCACAUACUUGCUAAAAGAAUGCUUACUAAAGAGUAUGUAGUGGAGGAUGUCGAUGGUGAAAUGGUAGAUUCCAGUUGGUGUCCUCCGCCUCUUCCGCCAGAGCAUAUACAACAAUUGAAGACUCUUGGUCUCUUAUAGACCAAAUGUUCAUUAUUUACUAUCGUCACAUGAUUUGCAAAGCUGAUCAUCAUAUGGAAGUGGUUUGCAGUUAGAUUUUUUGGUUUUUAAAUCGUUAUUUUGUGGAUUUUGAGAUGCGGAUUAUUUGUUUACUCUUCAUACUGCUUAUCAACUUGUCAAUGGAGGUUGUAUAUUGUUAACCAAAGAAAAAUAAGAAGACCUAGAGAAACUAAUCAUGUAUUUUCUUCUUUCCUACACUGUAAAGAACGGAACCAUAUAGAUGGAGGCAUUACCAAAUUUAUAUACUUCAUGAUUUUCCAAUGUUAA